AUGAUGGCACCGGAAUCGAAGGAAAGCAAAGCCCCGCACGGAGAGCACACAGCCAAUCUGGCACACGCCGACGCAUCCUAUCGUGAAGCUUACCAGUACUGGGGUUACCUGUUCAAGGAGGACAAAUGCGGUACACCGUUACUGGAUCGCCUAUUAAAAGGCAUUGCAGAGACCAUAAGCAGAAGGUUCGAGCCAAGCGAUUCUCCAGACCUCACGCCAUCGCAAAUGGCCGCGUGGUAUCGCGACGUAGGUGGAGACUAUGAUGUCCUUUUCAUGGACACGCCUUCGACGUCCAUUGCCUUUAUCUACCGCUCGCUUGGGGCAUUUCAUUCCUUGCAGCCCGGCCCCACCGACGACGGCUACUCGAGCCCGACUGUGCCCGCCCUGAAGAAGCAGGGUUUUGUGACAUGGCAGACUAUUCAGCUACUACUAGGACCAGAGGAUCAUGUCCCGUUUUUGCAAAGAGCCGUGGAGAAGUACGACGUGGUUGAUCCCGAGACAGGCAACAUCUUCCCCAAGAUACUUCCCAAGGAAUGCUUUCCAGAUUGCCCUGACGAUGCCAUGGAAGCCUGGUACCAGGGCGUGGCUGCUAGAUUGAAAAGAGAAGCGGAAGAAGAAGCCAACGGAAGGCACCUAGCUGACCAACCGCGCCCUCGCGCAUCGACUGACACGGGAGACGGAUCGUCGGCGGAUGAGAGGCAUGGCGCCUUCAAGUAUUUUGAGGACCCAAUGUACCGGAAUGCGAGACAGAGGCCGCCCAUUAUGCGACACGUUUCCAAACAGUCUUCGCGACCGGUGGACGGGAGCAGCCGGACAGUCACAUCGAGAGUCAGACACAUGUUGAACCCAUGGAGCACCCGACGCAAGAGUGUACCAGGACACUACGAGAGCGACAGCUAUUCAGAAGAGGACAUCACGCCGAUCGCACCGGUACCUCCUCCUCCGCCUCCAGCGACUCGGUAUACCAGUCACCAGCGUCCACACCCGCCGCAUCAGUCGCAUCAACCGCCUCGAGCGGACUAUGCGACAGACUCUGACUCUGAUCCCGAACGUGUUGCUGCCUAUCGAAGAAGGUUGGGAGUGCACGCGCACAGAUCCCAUGACGUGCCGCCAACACAGCCCGAAUACUUUGCAGACUAUGCGGAAGCUAGGCGCUAUUCGCACCAGGAGCCUGGCGUGAGGCUGGAGGGGAGAAGCUCAUCAGCAACGUCACCCCAACCCGUAUACCGGCCCACUCAAUCGCCUCUGUUUGCAACGCAGGUUGCUCAUAUGCAAGCUAGAAAAUACCAUGACUACAGGCCUACUCUUCCCCCACGGACUGGCUACACACCAGCAAUCCAACACGGCGUGCGAUGGGGUCCUGCGGCAGUCCCCGUGACUCCUCCAAGGAACGUCGAGCCGGGACACAGGCGGGAACGAGAGCGAGAAGGCCGUGAUGGCGGGGCGAUGUGGCAUGAGAGGGAGAGUGGAGGCAGCAGCCACCAUAGCCGGGCCCGGCGGCGGCGGUCCACAGAAGAUGCAACGUACCCACGCGAGCGGGGAAACGGUGAGACUGCGCGGACACGAAGUCACGACCGAGUCAGAGACGACUGGGCUGAGCGAGAGGGCGGUCGGGGCCGAAGCUGGCGAGGGCAUUGGGACGGUCGAGAUGGGGACGGGGCAGGUGAAGACAGUCGGAGUGGGAGUGGGAGUCGGAGUGGGAGUCGAAGUCGAGAACGAGAGCGAGAGCGAGAGCGCCGGACACAUAGUUUUGGCGGCCAAAUCAUGCGUUUCCUCAAGGAGUUUUGA